AUGUCAGAUGCUACAGAGCAGCCGAAGAAAGAGAGGUUCGCGCCAAAGCAACCCGUCACACUGAAUCCACCGAAGGAUGAUGUCAUUGAGCGCGAUUACCUCGCAAAGUGUGAUGGUACAAAUGAUGGAUUUCCAACUCUAGUCGCUAUCAAGGUAUCUACCACUGUUCCUGGAGGUGACGUCUUUGACGUGAGUGGUAAAGAGACGUAUGCACCCGGGAAGGGCUAUCACGUCUUUGCGGGGAAAGAGCCCAACCGCGCCCUUGGGCUUUCUUCCCUCAAGCCUGAAGAUUGCAUAUCUGACUACUCAGAGCUUUCCGACAAGGAAAAGCAAGUACUCAACGAUUGGCAUACGUUCUUUAGCAAGCGGUACAACAUAGUCGGCCGGUUGCCUUCGGAGGGUGCUAAUCUUUGA